UAUGUCAAAGUCAAAAGAUACUUCUGAUUUUGAGCAUGGAAGAAUUGUUGGUUUAUGGGAAGCAGGAAAAAGUUUUAGAGAAAUAGCAGACAUAACUGGACACCCGAAAUCGACAGCACAUGAUAUAGUAUCUCAAUACAGUGAAGAAGGUCAAGAAACUGCAAAAUCAAGGCCAGGUAGAGAACACAUUUUAUCAGAUUGUAAUACUAGAUACCUUGUUAAGACUUUAAAAGAAGAUCGGAAACAAUCCCUUGAAGAAAUAACAGAAAAAUUCAAUGAAUCACUUGGUUUAUCUGUAAGUUCUUCAACUGUGCGUAAUUAUCUUCAUGAAAUGGGAUAUUAUGGUCGUGUAGGUAAAAGAAAACCACUAGUAAGUGAAAAAAAUCGUGUAAAACGUUUGGCAUGGUGCCGUGAAAGAAAAAAUUGGUUAGAUGAAUGGAAUUCAAUAAUCUGGAGUGAUGAAUCAAGGUUCGAAAUAUUUCAGAAUGACUCUCAUCAUUGGGUUUGGCAUAGGCCUGAAGAAGGUUAUGAUGUUGAUUGUUUAAUUCCAACAGUUAAAUCAGGUAGAGAAGGA